AAUAAAUUCAGGACAGCAUUUAUGAAUUGUAUUUAUUGAUUUAUUUUUAUUGUGAUUUGGAUUCAGUCAUUUAAAUAAGUCGAACUGCCUCUUAAAAAUAUUUUUUUGCUACAGUGGCAACACUGCGUGCUCUCCAUUUUCGCGUUUCGCGUUUCGCUGCGUGCCCUGGAAUAGAAUAGAAUCAGAUUUGUGGAAAAUAAAACACAACAAACGAAAAUGAAUCAUCUCAAGUGGAUGGGUCACUCGUCCACAAUUAUGGAUAUACAGCGUGUUCUGCUUAACCAGCAGAGCAACAAUCAACAAUGUGAAGUCCUUCUGGUAGCCAAAGAUGGCAUUAGUGUGCGCGCUCAUCUCUUCGUGCUCAGCACAUGCAGUGAUCUCAUGCGCAAUCUACUAGUUGACUUGCCUGUCGGUCAGGAGGCCACCGUCAUUCUGCCUGACAUACGCGGUGAGCUACUUGAGAGCAUGCUGUCGUUUAUCUACAUGGGCGAGACGAGUUUGCCUUCAGCGCUGCUCACCGAAUUCCUGGAGGCCAUUAACCUACUGGGCAUUAAAUCUGCCAUCAGCUUUGAAACGAAUCCCACAGCAAUAAGCACGGCAAGUGUCGUGAGUGGUGCAAUGGCUUUGGAGGCUGCCAAGUCCAUAAGUGGCUUACAUAUUGCCAAUACUACACUGAUGCAGGAAGAGGACGAGGAGGAGGAAGAGGUUGCCAAUGUAGUGGUGGGCAAAAUGGAAGUGAGCAACAAUGUGCUGAAUGAUCCACAGCAGCAACAGCAGCAGAGUCAACAACAGCAUCAGCAGCAGGAUGGCGCCAGAUCGCUUGAGUUUCUCGAUGUCUACAGUGACCAGCCGAAAAUAACAUAUUCCAUUGAGCACAUGGGUGGCACAUCGAGCGGCAAUCAAUACAUUCUAACCGAGAAUACGGGCACAUUUACCAUCACACAAUCAGCAUCGUCGGUGACUAAGUUGGCUGGAGCCACAACUGUUGUAGAUGCUGUGACCGGCGAUGAGUUGGCUGUUGAUGAUGCCGAGGCUGAUGUUGAUGAUGGUGAGCACGAUGAGAGUGAGUCGCAUCUGAUCGAAGAGCAUUAUGUGCCCUCGGCUGGUCCUUUGAUCGAAAUGAGUGGGGAUGCUGAUGUAGAAAUGAAUGAGGAUGCUAUGCAUGAGGAGGAUGUGGGUGACGUGGAGGAUGAGGAGGAAGAUGAAGAAAUAAUGGAUGUUAAGCCACGUAAAUCGCAGUUGGACUUGAAACUGGUCAAGACCCGAGUGCAGCAACGUCCGCAGCCAGCUGCAAAGGCAUCCAAAAAAACAAUGACCAAACAACAUCAACAGUUUGCAGCACUUAAAAAGGAAAUCAAGGACGAUAUCAACGAUGCACUUGAACUUGCAGCAGUUGCGGUACUCCAUGAGGGUCUUAGUCUGCAGAAGGCUGCGGAUCGUUUCGACAUAUCGAAGACAGUGUUGUGGCGUCGUGUGCGCUCCAAUCCCGCCUACAUGCGUAUUAAGAAAGAGAAGCCAUCGCUAUCAGAGGCAUAUGAACGUCUCAAGAAUGGUGAUUCACUGAAGAGUAUCAGCCAAGAUCUGCGGAUUCCUAUGUCCACGUUACAUCGUCACAAGGUGCGACUUGCGGCCCAAGGUCGUCUGCCCGAGUUUGUGGCUUGUCGCAGACGUGACAGCACGCCAAAGGACGAGCUACGAGAAAAGCUGGCCAAAGCGGUGCAUGCCUGCAUCAAUGGUGGCAUGUCACAGAAUCAUGCGGCGAAUCUCUUCGAAAUACCCAAGAGUACACUCUGGCGUCACUUGCAACGCCGCGUCACAGAGGCUGAACGUAAGGUCAAGGAGGAGCAGGAGGAAGACGAUGAGGAGGAUAUUUUAAGUUAAGAUAUUACUACGUAGAUUUUAUGUACACAUUUAUUACAUAGUUCUCAUCUUAAGCUAAUUAUAUUCUAUGCAUAUAGUAGCAGUGUUAAUCCAUCAUUUAGUAUUAAGUUUCAUUAUUUUUUAAAAUAAUGUUGACAAAUUACAAUUAGAAUUUAUGUUUUUUUUCCUAUUUGACUGGGUUUUCAAUGUUCCGAAAGACGAAGAAUUUAUUGUAAAUAAUACUGUCCUAUCCUGUUUAGGCUUGCCCCUAAAUCUUUAGCUAUACUAUUCGAGCUAGAUUUGACCUUCUGAUUA